CGCCACCACGCUCGCGGUGGACUCGGUCCACCAAGACCGCAGGCACAGGCGCCGGCGGCGCACACAACACCGGACCGGAGCACCGGAGGCGGGAUCAAGGUGAAAGGCCACUUGUUUGUGUGGACUGUGGACUGUGGUCUGUACCUCCACGGCUCCACCUCACUCGUCGCAGCUCGAGAGUUCGCCCAAGUCUCCCCCCGAUCCGUGCAGAGAUCCUCGUGCGUCCGAGGUAAGCACACCCCCCCCCACCCCCAACUCCCAGUUCCUAAGCCCUCGUAGAUUCGCCAUUCCAACUCAGUUUUCGCGCACGAAAUGUUCGUCUUCUUUCUUCGUCCUAGGUGAGCAUGGAGGUGAUGCAUGAUACCACUGGGAAGAAGGAAGUGGUUGUCUGUUAUAUGAACGCCCCUCUACCGUACAUGAUUGAAGAGAAUUACGGGGGAUGCUUCUUUGAAGACGACGUUGAUCUUGCACAGGUUCUCCAGGACCAGGAAAUAGUCUAUCAAUUAAUACAAGGAAAUUAUGGUACUGGUUCAUCCAAAACUCAUUCAAAUCCUAGUUCUAGUUAUAGCCAUGGAUGUGAAUUGGGUGAACGGAAACCAUCAGGAGUUGCAAGUUAUGAAGCGCAACUAGUUGUUGAUGAAGCUUUAGCUCGAGAGCUGCAACAGAUGGAGGACCAACUAGCAAGUGCAUCAAUUGAUGACCAUAACAUAAUAGAACAUGGAAGAAAGCCAAUAGCUUCUUCAACAUCUAGCGGUGGUAAUGCUUCUGCAAGCAGACCUCCUCAGGUAGUGAUGGAGGAUGGCAUUGAUCCAGAUAACAUGACUUACGAGGAACUGCAACAAUUAGGGGAAGCUAUAGGUACUGAAAGCAAAGGGUUGCCGGAAGAUGUGAUAGCGCUCUUGCCUACUUCAACAUACAAAAUUAGGAUAUUCUCAAGAAAGGAAAAGCAUGACGAAUGUGUGAUAUGCUGUAUGACUUACAAGAACCGAGAUAGGCUGACUAAAUUGCCCUGUGAGCAUCAGUACCAUCAAACUUGUGUCACCAAAUGGUUGAAGAUCAACAAGGUAUGCCCUGUUUGCAACAAGGAGGUUUAUGGGUCGGGCAAGUGAAACAUUACGGAUUCAUCUUUCAUGAAAAAGGAGGCAAACAUGACGGAUUCAUCUCACGCCAGUUCAACAGGCUUAAGAAGUAUCAUUGUUCACUGGCUGUGCACUCAUUAGCAUGCAUCAUGGUGGCAGGAAAGGCAAUGCAUUGUAUUGCUAAUGAUCGGAAGAUUGUCAGCGAGUUACCGAGGAAUGUCUCAGCAAGAUAAAUAAGAUAGAUGCUUCUGUUCUGUUUUUAAGCUUUAUGGAGUCUUCGAGUAACUGAGACUCUUAUUUCAGCUUUCAGGCCUGGUGCUUUACACACACUGUAUUGUAACAUAUCAUAGGAUGUAUAUCAGUAUGUGUAUACUGAAGAUUAGUUGCAUGCUAGCAUCUCUGUAUUGCUUGUACUCUUAUCUUUUAUGGUAUCAAAUUUGGCUGCUGGAGUCAGACUUGUA